GAGUGUGGAGCUCGUAGCUCGUGACCUGUGUCAUGUUCGGGAAAGUCCGCCUGCAGUCAUAGAGGUCGACAUGAAUGUUAGAAGUAUGGGACCUAUAUCGGAAGUAGAUAUGACGUACUCGAUGGACUGUUACUUCCGUCAAUCGUGGGUAGACAAAAGACUAGCCUUCUCCCUGCACUCCAGCGAUACUCUGGCGCUCAGCAUCUCCAUGUUGGCCAAAAUAUGGAAGCCGGACACAUACUUCUACAACGGCAAGCAGUCCUACCUGCACACCAUAACCACGCCCAACAAGUUCGUAAGGCUUUUCCAAGACGGCAGGGUGUUGUACUCUUCCAGGUUGACCAUUAAGGCGGGGUGCCCAAUGAACUUAGAAGAUUUCCCCAUGGACGUGCAGAGGUGCCCCUUAAAAUUCGGAUCAUUCGGUUACACAAACAAAGACGUGAUAUACAAGUGGAAGGAGGACAGGCAGGUGGCUAUCGCUGAGGACAUGAAGCUGUCCCAGUUCGACCUGAUCGCCACUCCAGCAGCUAACCACACGGACAACAUGCCUAAUGCCGAUGCCAAAUCAGGUGUCUGCUCUAUUUUCCACAGCCCUCCGCAUCUUACACAAUAUUCAAUGCUUCUAGUCAGUUUCCAUCUACAGAGGCAUAUGGGAAAUUUUUUAAUACAAGUAUACGGGCCCUGUGUUUUACUGGUGGUUUUGUCCUGGGUUUCCUUUUGGCUGAACAGAGAAGCAACCGCUGACAGGGUUUCUUUAGGAAUCACAACAGUACUGACGAUGACUUUUUUGGGACUAGAAGCUAGAACAGACCUUCCAAAAGUGCCCUAUCCCACUGCCUUGGAUUUUUUCGUUUUUCUGUCCUUUUCUUUCAUCUUCGCUACUAUUAUUCAGUUUGCAGUAGUUCAUUAUUUCACCAAGUACGGUUCAGGAGAGUGUUACUUUAGUACUGACAUAAGCUCUGAAUCGGACAGCAGUGACGAUGAAGAAUGGACAUCUAUAGAAAGAAAAGAGUAUAUACCGACAUCAGCGGUACCUGAAUCAAACUCGAGGAAGACCAGUCCGUCGCCGUCCCCAUUCCGGAUUGCCAAAGACCCCCAGGUGGUGGAAGUGAUACCCUUAUCAGCGUGUUCCAUUCCAGUACCUCAAAGGAGGUCGUCUCAACCGUGGACCAGUUUGUCGUGCAUAGGCCGUCCAAAUUCGCAAACCUCGUUUAUCGCCCCCAGUGCGAUUAUAACUAAUCAGAGGAUAAGCUCACACAACCACAGUCAACAUCGUAAAAAGAAGAAGAGAGCACCUCGGUUCAAUUCCGUCUCCAAGAUAGACAGGGCGUCUAGAGUUGUUUUUCCACUACUCUUUGUCACUAUUAACUUGUUUUACUGGUACUGCUAUCUGUACAGAACUAACAGAAUCGCCUACAAAUAGAUAUAUUCGUUUGUGUAAUAGUGUAAACAAUAUGGACAUCUUGUAAGAAAAUCCCAAAUUGUUUUAAUUUUUCACUACAAGUGUGUCAUAAAAUGGUUUUGUUAGAAUCACAAUACUGAAAAAAAUGAACUAACUAACUAUGACGGUGUAGUGUUUAUACAAUAUCAUUUUUAUUUUCCGUUUAUUUAAAAAUAAUUUUCUAAUAAAUAAGUUCUAAAAACCAAUAAAAAAUUAUUACUUAGUGUGUGUCUAUUGCAAAAACACCAAACCAAACACAG